AUGGUGCUGGUAGUUGAAGCGUUUGGCUCUGAGAAUGAGGUCAAAGGUGUGAGUGUGAUGCGGAACUUGCACAUGCUGUGCUAUGUUGUGAUAUAUCUGCGGUUUGUGCGGGACAGGUCCGUACUGAACAUGUUGCUGGUGUAUAUUGCGCUGUCGUUGGCUGGGUUCUUGAAGGACCUGCUCGUGUCCUACCUGCACAGGCAAUUGGAGACCAUGCGGGACGGUGAGUCCUAUAGGCGGAACAGCAACGAUGGGAACGGGCUGCUGGAGACAGAGGUGAUCAGAACCAUACUGAUUAAAUCUGUGCGGUACUUGCAAAUCCUGAUAGUGGCGGAGGCACUGUACUGCGUAAUGUAUCACGGGUACAGUGGAUCUCCGUUAUUCUACUACGACAGUCCCGGAAAGGUGGGCGAUGUGGUAGAGCCGGCUUUCCAUUACAAAUACGGCUAUUUCAUCAUGAACCUUAUUGGGGAAGAGAUGCCCUAUAUGUCCAGCCGAUGGAAGCUGCUGGCGAUAGACGUCGUGCUGCUAAUUCUACAGUUAGUGGUAAUAACAAAGUCGUUGGAGCCCGAGCUAGACGGCAUAAAACUGAUCAUCCCAGAGUUGAGAACACACCAAUUGGGGAUGGCCAGUAUUCUGCUGUUCAACACUACAUCCUCCCAGGACAGCAGCCGACUCAUCACACUGUGUACAUGCCAAGAACCAGACCGUUGUGAGCACAACACAUCGCCAUCGGCACUGCCGAGAACAGAGAGACGAUCCUACGGAGCUACGUAA